UAUGGGUGGUCACCUCCUGCGAAAAACCAAAACUACCCCUGCUUCGGAAGUUCAUUUCCGAAAGCGUGUUUUUUUAAAAAAAUUGACUUACUUCGGAAGUUCAUUUCCGAAACAAUUAUUUCGGAAGUUCACUUCCGAAAUACUGCGAUUUCUGCAGAUUUAUCAAAACACUCCCCCUCCCCCAAUCAUUUACCCUAAAUCAAAACAAAAAGUGGCAGAGGCGAAAAUUUGUGCAAACGGAAUUCCAAAGCUGCAUCAAGGCUCCAAUCACACUGCUAAACAACAUUCAAAAGCCCUCAAUCCUAACACUUUGAACAUGUCAGACAACCAACAAGCACGCAGGACUGCGUCUUCUAAAGAGGGCGCUAAGGGAAGAAAGAGUUCUUCAAAGAAGGAGGUGAAAGAGGUGAAGGAGGUGAAGGAGGUGAAGGAGAAGAAGAAGCUUUUGACUGGUUCUGCUUCUCGUCCCCUGGGAGUCCAUGGCUCGGACGCGCAGGCUCAGCCUUCAGGCGUGAUCAACGCUGAUGGUUCUGAUAAUGAGUGGGAUGAAGAUUGGUAUAAUUAUCUUCAUUCGGAGGAGUUCGCUCGUCGGGAAGAAUAACGUGUUUUUUUUUUGUUUGAUGUGUAUUUUGUAACGCUCGUCGGGCAGAAUAACAUGUUUUUGUUUUGUUUUGUUCUGAUUUCGGAUUGUAUCGCACAGUGUAUUUGUAUUGGAUUUAUCAUGUUAGUUUUUGGAAGUGGUAACCGGGGUCGGAACAUAUGACGGAUGAGGUGGAUGUCUGGAGGAAG